ACAGCUGUGGCUGUGGCGCUGCGGUGCCGCCGGGCCGAGAUACGGCCGCGAUAAAAGCGGCGGUCGGCGGCCGAGAUAACGAGUCGCUAGCGGCGGGCCGCGGCAGCACGAGCACCACGCUAAGGCUACUGGCAUGGCGUCUGCGGCGACGGGGCACCUCUGCGCUGGCCGCGCCGAGUCGGCGAACCAGAGCACCACCAGCAGACACCGAGUGAGUUCGCUGCAUGCGGCGGCGCGGCGCGGCGACUGCGAGGCGCUGCGUCACCUGCUGCAGGAGGGCGCCUCGAGGCACCAGAGGGACUCACUGGGCCGGACCGCCCUCCACUUCGCUGCGGCUGAGAACCACGAGCCGGCCUGCGCGCUGCUGCUGGAGUCCGGAGCGGAGCCGGACGCGCGCGACCACCACGGCCGCACUGCGCUGCACGCGGCGGCGCGCCUGGGCCACGAGGGGGUGGCGCGGCUGCUGCUGGCCGCGGGGGCGGACGCCGGCGCCGCCGAUGAGCUGGGCGCCUCGCCGCUGCACGCCGCCUCCAGGGAGGGCCGCCGCAGCCUCGCCCGCCUCCUCCUGGAGCGCGGCGCUCCCGUCUCCGCACACGACGCACUGUGGCAGGCGACGCCGCUGCACCGCGCCGCGGCCGGCGGACACGUGAGCACUGCGGAGGCGCUGCUGGAGGCGGGCGCGGACGCGGGGGCGGCGGACGCGGACGGGUGGACGCCGCUGCACGGCGCCGCCGCCGCCGGCCACUACGAGGUGGUGCGCCUGCUGCUCGACGCCUCCGGGACGGACCCGCGUGACCGCCUGGGGCGCACGCCGCUCUACCUGGCGGCGGAGGCGGGCUACUCCGCGGCGGUGCGCCUGCUGCUGGGGGCGGGCGCCGCCUCCUCCGCCGCCGACUGGCGCUGGGGGCAGACGCCGCUGCACCGCGCCGCCGACAGGGGCAGGGCCGGCGCCGUGCGGGAGCUGCUCUCCGCCAGCGACGCCGCCCCCGACGCCAAGGACGGCCGCUGGGGGCAGACGGCGCUGCACCUCGCCACCGAGGGCGGCCACCAGGCGGCGCUGCGGGCGCUGCUCUCCGCCGGCGCCGACCCCGACGCGGAAGACAGGUUCGGCAUGACGAGUCUGCACCGUGCGGCCGAAUGGGACCAGGCUGAGGUGGCCAGCCUGCUGCUUGGGGCCGGCGGGUCCGUGGACCGGUGGGAGCCGCUGUUCCAGAGGACGCCGCUGCACGUGGCGGCCGCAGAGGGACACGUGGCCAUAGCCCGCGUGCUCGUCGACGCCGGGGCAGACGUGGAGGCGCGCGACAGCGACGGCCGCACCGCCCUGCAGGUGGCGGCGGCGAGCGGCUGUUCCGGCGUCGUGGCGCUGCUGUCGCCGGCAGCAGCCGGCCUGCCACAGGAGGAACCGGCGGCGCACGGCUGCGGCGACUUGCUGCUCGACGGCCCGGCCAAGGCUGCGCCGCAGCUGCUCGCCUGAUGACGUCACACAGCAGAGAGCAGCGUCUCGGCGGCAGUGAACUGCCUGCCGCGCGUGAUGUCACCGCGGCCAGGUUUUACGUCACGAGGGUGCGGCCAGAGGCAACUUGCCCAACAGCUGGCCUCAAUCCCAGGACGGUGUUUACUCCAGAACGUGUGCGAGUGUGUUCUUUAAACGGUCCGUUGAGUAGUGGAAAAUCUGUCCUGUUAUAAACAUCACAUGCAAGCAACAAUACAGCAGGUUUUUUUUUUUGAAAAUGAUAACUUGUUUCGUUGAAUUAUUGAACAUCCUUGGAUAACAGAGGCUGCAGAGAAAUCAGUCCGUUCAGGUGCUAUACAGAGCAUGCCUCAGGCCCUAAGCGCGACGUUAGACUAUAGCGACAUUUCAACGGCGCAGUGGCCGCAGAUCACUGCGCGUGACGUUAUAUGAUGUUUUCUAAGUGCUGUAAGGACUACGUGUUCGUUGCAUCUUUAACACAAAAACUGAAAACGGAUCUGCAACAAUCUGACUUACAAACAAUCACAGAAUACAGUUUUAAGAAUGCUUUGUAGUCACAUAGAGAUGUUGUGGAUGGUACUACGAAUAUUGAUCAAGCUCCUCAAUCAUAUACUAUGCACAAUCAACGCUAGUAUUGCUUCAUGUGAACUGAAUAAUUUGUAUUAGUGGUUAAUGCAAGAAACAUGUAUAUGUGAAUAAAUUUCAUUACCAGUUA